AUGGCAUAUUCGAUGAGAGUUGUACAUCAUAGUGGAAGAGAUCAAUCAUUAAAUAUACAUGAAACAGAAUGUCCACAUGGUUGGACACGUUAUGAACGUACCAAAUCCUGCUUUCAUGUAAUCGAACGACGAAUGCGUUGGUCUGACGCAGAACGAGCAUGCAUCAAUUUAGGUGGUCAUUUAGCAUCGAUCAUGGAUGAAUAUGAAAAUAUGUUUGCUUUUAAUGUAGCAAAAGAAGCAAAUUUGUCAACACCAACAUUAUGGCUAGGACGAUUGGUUAAAUUGACACAAACCGGAGCAUAUGAAUGGAAUGAUGGUGCUGUGGGACGACAUAUAAAUGGCUUCCGAGGUGAAUUACCAUCUGGAACAGAUUUAUGCUUAACAAUGUGGCUUGAUUUUGAUCGUCCGGAAGGGUCCUGGAAUGAAUGGGAUUGCAACUAUGCUUCCGGUUAUUCGGCACUCUGUAAACGUUCGCUGAAAAGGAUUCCAAUUACAACAACUGUAAAACCUAACAUCCGAUCCGGUACUGGUUCCAUUUUGUUGUAUCAUAGUCGCCGAUGUUGUUUGAUUUCAUCAUUGUGUCACAAUACAAGUCAAUCAUGUACAUCUGAUGAACGCUGUAUUCCAGAUGAUUUGGAUUGCUGGACUAAUAUCUGUCGUGAUGGUGGGAUUGGAUGGUGUUUACCUCUCCCAAAAUCUCAAUCUUUACCCUGA